GGCAGCCCCGGGAAGACCCACGGCCGCAGCAUGAAGCUGGGGAUCCCGCCCCACGCCGCCCAGAGUCCCGCCGGCCCCGCUCCGGCGCGCAGGGCCCGCACCCAGGGAGAAGCCGCCCGGGGCGUCGCGGCGGUGCCCAGGGGCUGAGGCGCUCGGCCGGCCCCUCCGUCCCUCCCUCGGUCCCUCCCUCCUUCCUCCUCCUCCCGGCGCGGGCCCGGGGCCUCCGAUGUCGCCGCCUCGUCGCCCGCCGCCUCCUCCAGCUGCCCGCCGCUAAGCCGUGAGGGGCGGGGAGGGCCCUCGGGAUCCCGCCGGGGACAUGGGCAACGGGAUGUGCUCCCGAAAGCAGAAGCGGAUUUUCCAGACCCUCCUGCUCCUGACCGUGGUGUUCAGCUUCCUCUACGGUGCGAUGCUCUACUACGAGCUGCAGGGCCAGCUGAGGAAGGCUGAGGCCACGGCGCUCAAGUACCAGCUGCAUCAAGAGUCCCUCUCCGCUCAGUUACAAGUUGUGUAUGAGCACAGGUCAAGAUUAGAGAAGUCAUUACAAAAGGAAAGGCUUGAACAUAAGAAAGCUAAAGAAGAUUUUCUUGUUUAUAAACUAGAAGCACAGGAAACACUAAAUAAAGGAAGGCAAGACUCAAACAGCCGAUACAGCGCGCUGAGCGUACAACACCAGAUGUUGAAGAGUCAACAUGAAGAACUGAAGAAACAGCAUGCUGAGCUGGAGGAAGAUCACCGCAAACAAGGAGAAGAGUUCAGCAGGACAUUCAGCGAUCACAAGGAGCGAUACGUACAACUGCAGCAGGAAAAGGAGCAGGAGAUCUCUAAGCUGAAGGAAUCCCUGUAUAACUUACGGGAGGAGAACAGGCAGUUGAGAAAAGCUCACCAAGACGUUCACACCCAGUUACAAGAUGUCAAGCAACAGCAUAAGAAUUUACUCUCCCAACACAACCAGCUUGUGGUGACACUGGAAGACCACAAGAGUGCACUAGCUGCUGCACAGUCCCAGGUGGAGGAGUACAAGCAGUUGAAGGACACACUCAACAAAAUGCCAAGUUUCCGACAGGCUGAGAAGUCAGAAGACCCAAAGGAGCAACCAGAGGCACAGUCUCCCCACAGCGACCUGCUGACACGCAAUGAAGCUGAAGAGCACAAGGAGGAUGAGAAGCCAAAAGAGAGAGAAGAAAUAAAUAGCCAGGAAAAAGAAGACGGAGCUGAGCCUUUCCAUCCGCAGGGAAGGACUAGUGAGGGCCAGCAUGCCAAAGAACUCAAUAUUCAGGAGCAACAAGAAGCUGGAGAGGAUGACGAGCAACGUGUUAAUCAGGUUGAAGAGGAACGCAAAAAAGAACUCGAAGAGGAAGAAAUGGAGCAGGCAGGUCAGCCUGAGCGCUUAGAGGAGGAACAGGAUCAAGCACCAGAAGAGCAUGAGUGGAAAAAGCAGGAACAGAAGGAAGAAGAAACCAACAUGUUGGGCGAUCAUCUUCAUCCAGAGACAACGUCAACAAAAGCUGCAACAAAAAGACAUAAGGAAGCUUAUGAACAACAACUAGAGCAGCAACAUCUUGCAGCCCAAAGAGCAGAGGAAGCCAAUCGGCUCCGAGAGCAUCAGGAAUCCCUGCACCAGGAGAGGCUGCGGGGACAGCUCUUACGGCAACAACAGCUUGAAGAAACAGAGCUUCAGCUGCAGAAACAGGCAGAACAAGGAGAAAAACUCUAUAAAAACCAGCUAAGCCAACAGGCUCAUUACGAUAACAUGGACCACGAUAUUGUACAAGGAGAAGAAGAGCAAGGCGUUCAGGAGGAGGAAGGAGCUUAUGAACGUGACAACCAGCACCAGGAUGAAGGUGAAGAUGAUGAUCAAAAUAAUGCCAAUGAACAGCAAGAACCAGAACACAAAGUAGAAAAUCAGCGUGAUGGUGACUCAAAAGCAGCCAUGGAAGACGUGAAUCCUGCUGAUGACCCCAACAACCAGGGAGAGGAUGAGUUUGAGGAAGCCGAGCAAGAGAGAGAAGAAAAUCUACCAGAUGAAAAUGAAAAGCACAAGCAAACCAGUCCCAAACAAGGACGUCCGGGAAUGGGAGAGCACCUAGUGAUGGCAGGAAAUCCAGACCAGCAGGAAGAUAAUGUGGAUGAGCAAUACCAGGAAGAGGGAGAAGAAGAGAUCCAGGAAGAUAUGACUGAAGAGAAGAAACGGGAACUGGAGCGCAACGCUGAGGAGCCAUAUGGGGAAAAUGAUGAGAACGCAGAUGACAAGAAUAACGGCGGGGCAGAGCAAGAGCAAGAGAUGCAAGAAGAGACCAACCAGAAGGAAGGUCAUGAAGAGAAUUAUGAGGAGGAAGAGGAGGAGGAGGAGGAAGGCAGAGCUGUUGCAGCAAAAACUCGUAGACGAGGGGAGAUGUAGCUCUCCUCAUUAUUUUUUUUUUGCAGCACACAAAUUCCUGUUGGGUCUUUUUUUUUAAAAAAAAAAAAAACAGACACAAAAUGCCCACAACAAACCCAACAACUCUUACAGGAUAUUUCAUUUCCAAAAAUAUUUUCUUUUACACUUUUUACUUUUCUAUUAGAUGCUCUCCUAUGUUUAUAUGAAUACGGUAUUUUGAUACUCUAGAUUAGGAUUUCUUUUCUAUUAAAGCUGUACAUAAACAGACAUCACAACAGGAUUAAUUUUUCGUAAUUCGGUGCAUGUUUUAUAAAGGCCAUUUUGGAAACACACUUUCACCUUGUUCAAGCCUGACAGAGACCUUUUUGGUCUAAUUUCAGAUACAUUCAGCAUCUGAGAGAAGAUAUCUAGUGCCUAAACCCAGUUGCCGUUAGUCCACCUCUCACUGUCUUCCUCGAGACAACGUUUAUGACCAAGGGCUGGCCCCGGCGCUCACAGAGGCCCAGGGGCAGCUUCCUUUCUUAUUAUCUCAUGAGGUUCUUCAAAUCCUUGAAGAUAAGCACAUGCCUUGCUGUUUGCAGGACCAGGCCUUUUAUAGGUGCAGAACAGUUAUACAAUAUGCAAGUCUUACAAGCCUUCCAAACGCAGCCGGGUUAACAGCCGUUAAUUUGGGCAGCUGUUUAUAUACAGUUAAAUUAUGCAUUUAUUUUAAUGAGCAUGCCUGGGUACUUCAAUUACAUGCACUACACAGCAGAUAACGCCGGGGGUGGUGUGCUGAGAGGAAAUGGGAGCUGGAAACCAAUUUAGACUCGACGAUCCAUUGCGCCAAAUCCCAACGCUACGGCUGUCGCACGGCCCAACGUUUCCAGAAGGAACAAUUUUGUUGUCCUGGUUCAUAGAUAAAACAUUUGACCAGAGAAAUAGAACUACGUGGCCUCAGGGACGUGCUUCCUGCAGAGAGGGGAUUUUUUUAAUAGAAAAAAAAAAAAGCAUCUUAACGGAAUUGACAUGAUUGGUGCAAGAACGUUGAAGUAAGGCCUUUACCUUCUUUUACUUAUUUAUUUUUAGGUCUAUGCUGGAAGGGUUUCUGUGUCCUUGCUGUGAAAAUCCAACUAUAAACAAAUCCCACAGAAGUUCUUUCUUAAACAGCAAACUUCUCUAGCCCCGCAUGCCGAAAUCUAAGGGGUGGGGAGGGGGGAGGGAGGGGAAACGACACAAACCUUGUGCCUUGGUCAGCUACUAUCAACAUAAUCACAGUGCAUGAGUAUAUUCAGUGUUUGUAUUGGUACAGACCCAGUUAUUUAAUGGAUGUUAAAUGGGAGGAAAAUGGGAAUCUGGAUUUCCGAGGCUACGCCUCAUUGCUGGAAAUGAGGUGCAGGGUAGCUCCCCAGCAAAGUGUGUGUUAAUAUAUGAAAGGAGAGGCUUUGGGAUUUCUCCCUUUUUUCUUUUUUUAAAAUAAUGACUCAUAGCAGUGUUUUUAGUUUAACUUUUUAUAUGAAUGUAAUUUAAUUCAUUUUUCUAACUCAAUUCUAUCAUGUUUGCGAUUUCCCUAAUCGUCCCAGACACAGUGCUUAUGUUUCAUAGGAAUAUUUUUGUCAGCGAGUAUUUUUGGGUUUUCUAGUUACCAUAAAUCAGAUUUAUCUUAUGUAUAAAAAAAAAAGUUUACAUGAUACUGUAAAAUGUAUAAUAUGUACAUAAUCUUCAGAAUACAAUUAUUUUGGUAAAUUGGCCUGUAUUUUUAAGGUUGCAGUAUUUAAUUAUUUGAGGCAUAAUAAAACUUGACUGCAGUCAAUAAA